UGUCAAAUGAAUUACCUCAAGGAAAUGUUUGUUCCUAAAACACUUAUACACAUAUCUACACACCUUAAACACUACACUACACAAAACAUGUUUAAGAAGGUACACAAAUCACAAGUUAUAGAUCGAAAUGCAGAUAUACCCACAGCAGGAGUGUCCACCCAGGGUGUCAAGGGCGGCAAAGCAAUGCGCAAUUGCCUGGACAUAGCUCAUCCAGAGGAGUUGGCCGAGAGUCUGGUGAGGGCCAACUCCUGCGGUCAGAGUAGUGCCAAGUUCUAUAUCCCGGAUGGACCAGUUAUUCCGGUCAAUAGUAUACAGGAUCUGCUUACCGUGGAGCUGCAAAAGUCUCGCUUUGCUUCCUUCAAGGAGGAGUUCUUCGAGGAGCUGUAUUUCAAAAGGGCCAAAGUAGGGGAAGUCCAGCCAGCCUUCUCCAAACCGGAGAGUGUGACCAAUAUGAGUCGGACUUUUGGCUGUCCUUCGAGUCUGACCCCUACUACAUCCUUGUAUGCAUUGGUAAUGCCACCCAAGACACCAGAGCAGGUUAGUAAGGAGUUUAAAGAGUUCCAUGAGCAGCGUAUUGUUAGCCACAAUCAUUAUUUUCCAGCAGAGCAAAUCAAUCGCAAAUAUAGCAAGUCCUUUGACCGGCAUAAUCCUUGCGGAGAAAUCAAAAAAAUAGGUGACCAUGGACUCAAGGUGAAAAACUGCCUGACGGAGGGUGAGAACCACGUGAAAGUUAUUGGCAAGGCUCAAGUGGACUUUAUGGAACGCACAGUGGCUCCUUUGGGAAAGAAAAUUAAAAAGUAUCUUUAUGAGGUUCCCGACAUCACCUUUGGUGUGAUUCCACCCAGCACUGGCGAUGUCAAGACGGUUAUCUAUAACAUCGUUGCGAAUGGGCGAACCGAUCGCCUAAUGGACGCCCUAAGUCACCUGAAUGCUCAGCGUAUACGGCUCCGAGAGCGUGAUGAUAUCCACCUGCCCCGCCUGGUUGCAAUUAUGGAGCGUAGCGAUCCGGAGUUAACGGGUCUCCUGCCAAUCGCUCGCCUCGUGGAGAUCCUGCGUAGCUACCGCAUUUCCCUGGAGACCCAAAAGAUACGAAUUGUGAUGUCCCAUUACCAAAUGAUCGUUGAUGAGGGGCUCUGCAGUGAGCGAGUGAAGUACCGAGAGUUUUGCAAGCUUCUCUCCAGCAAGGAACCACUGCCCUCCAUGGGUAGUGUGUCCACUUAUGCCGAUGUGGGUUCCCUGGAUACCACCUAUCGGUUGUUUUGUGCCGAUCUUCAGAAUCAGCAAAAGGUUUCGCGAGGACACAAGGUGGAAAAGGAUAGGACUGGUAUGAAGGAACUCCUAUCGCCGGAAACCGAUGCUUUGGGUGGCCUGCAAGCCAGCGAUUUCACCCAGCUACGUCCUAAAAAGGAAAUCGAACAAGUCUUUAGAAAUCUCAUCGCCAAGGAGGAAUUCGAGGUGAUUUGGCAGAGCCUGAUGGCCAAGAAGCAGGAUCAAGAGGGUCUGGCAUCGGUCACACAGUUUUCAGAGGAAGUAAAGCUGGCAAAGGAGAAUUUUUAGGGAACAAAAAAAAAAGUAAUAUAAA